CGAGCCUGACGCCGCCGAAAUCAUCGGCGGAUUUGCCUGUCACGCGACACUGAACACCGGCUCAUGACCCGUGUAAAUUACGGGAAAAUUCGAUCGGGGAAAAAAUACGCGGUAAUUAACUCGGUAUAACGCCGGCUGGCCGAUUAAAUAUUUCAAGAGCCGACGAAUAAUCGCGUGAAAUGUAGCGCGACGCUCGGCGCGACGGGGGAAAAAAACGCGCGGUGCGCGCAAGUGCCGCAACAAUCGGCAAGAAGUGUAAACUUUAGCCCGUCCCCCCUUCCCCCGCUCCCUCGUGGUCGCCCGACAGUGUAAUAAUCAAAAUAUUCCCCGGACCUUCAUUCGCGCACCGAACAUAAACACUCUCGCGCUUUCCCGCGUGUUUAGUGCGUGUCGAGCCGGGAGAGCGGUUUAUACAGGCGCUUGUAUCGGGAAGUUGCUCGUCUUCCCCUUUCCCCUGAACCUCCCCGGCUCCCCAUCGGGCGAUUGAAAUAUUUCGUCGGCACUUUUGAGAUGCUCAAUCAGCCUCUCGUCGGCGUUGCGUUGUUUAGUACGUACAACUUUCGGUCGAAUCGUACCUACGCGAGUGUCGUCGUGAGCGGCGAGGAUCGAGAGGCCAAGAUGGAGGGCACAGGAUGCGGGACGCAGGAUGCAGGAGGUAGGACGCCGAGCAGCGAUGCAUCAUACGUUGCCGAGACGGACUGUCCGCGGGAAGGGACUUCCGUAGCUUCAGGCCGCCGCCGGAGGUCCACGUGGCGAGCGCGCAGGAUGCGCUUCGAUCGGAAAAUCGAUGUGACUCCUGCAGCCCCCCAGCAAGCCCCGGAGGAAGAGAGCCUACGGGAAUGAAGUCCCGAGUCGAGUAAUAAGUAUCAACGCUACCCGAGGAGGAUGCUACAAGCCGUGAGCCAUCCUUCGGGAGAAUGAGCCGUGCAAGCUCCCACCGAAGGGUGAGAGAAAGAUAGAGAGAGAGUGCGAGAGAGAGAG